AAAGGGUUGGUGGUUGGCCGGUACAGUACAGUCACCCAGCCUCCAGUGGCAAUGUCUGAGGGGAGUGGCCAGGCAGGUGGGGCAGUGGCAACAGCAGCCGCACACCCUGGCCCCACCUCCGGCACGGCCGCCGACCCGGACCCGGAGGUGGUGGUGGAGGAGGAGGCGACGCUGGCCGCCAGCCGUGCCCGUGGCUUCCUCAGCUGCGCCCGCUGUGGCCAGCACCUGGAGUACGGCGGCCCGGCGCCGCGCCUGCUGCCCGCCUGCCUACACACUGUCUGUCAGCUGUGUGCUGGUGAGAGUGGCUCAGGGGGAGAGGUGCAGUGCGCCCUCUGCCAGACCACGUCGCCCUCGGUGGCGGACCACCCGCUGCUGGAGGAGCUGCUGCGCGACACGCACGCGCGGCAGCAGGCGGCCGGCUGCGGGCAGUGUUCAGAGCGGGGCGUCAGCGCCAGCGUCGUCGCCGGCUCGUGCCUUGACUGCCAGACCGACCUCUGCCAGAACUGCAUUGAUGCGCACAAGAUCACGAAGGCCACGUGGGACCACAAGGUGAAGCUGCUGCCGGACGCCAAGCAGGAGGACCGAUGCCCUGAGCAUGACAAGGCGUUCGACUACUACUGCGACGGGUGCGAGGUGCUGGCGUGCGGCGAGUGCAUCCUGUCGGCCCACCGGUCGCACGCCUCCUCCACGCUGGCGGACAAGGCGGCCCAGGUGCGCGCCGCCCUGCGCUCCUGCCUGGACGGCAUGAGCGGGGUCAAGAUGAAUGUCUCUGUGGAAAUCGCCAAACUGAAGUCUCAGAUGCUGGAAUGCGCCGAUGAGAAGCAGAAGAGCACAGCCAGCGUUCGUGCGGAGUAUGAACGGUACCAGACGCUGGUGCGCGCCUUCUUCUUGCGUCAGGUGGAGACGGGCCGCCAGAGACACGACGAUUUCGGCCGUGAGCUGGAGGGGCAGCUGGCGGCCGCUUCGCUGGUGCAGGCGCGCGCCGCCCAUUGUGCCAACCUGGUGGGCCGCCUGCUGGACAGCCGCCGACCGACCACCAGCGUCCACUACAGCAGGCACGUGACGGCGCUGGCCAAGCGGCUGGCGUCGGUAGACUUGAAGCAGCCGGACCUCUUGCCACCCGAGCUCACCAUGCGUCGCGUCUUCGGCAUAGACCGCGUCGGCGACCUCAUGACGGUGCUGCUGUACGACCGCGGCACGUGUCUGCAGCCGGAGACGAAGCGUGCCAUAUGCCGCGCCUUCCUGGCGGCCUCGCGCCAGGUGAUUGGCUGUCACCAGCGCGCCAACACUGAGUUCGCUAUGACCUACAUGAAGCUGAUGUUCCGCAGCGUGGCGCGACUGCCGCACGUCUCGGCCGAGCUGCGCAGCCUGGUGGACGAGCUGCACCGCCGAGUGCCGCCAGGGCGACAGCAACGGCAGCAGCAACAUCAGUCGGAGCAGCCGCCACAGCAGCAACAGCAGCUAGAGCAGCAGAAGCGUCGUCGUAAACAGCAGCCCACCCAGUGGCCGCCGCCGGAGCUGAGCCCGACAGACCUAGCAGCGGAGGACAGUGACGACCCAUUAGUGGUGUGGAGCUCAGACCCCAGAUCACAGCGGACAUCUGGGGAGCGGGCGCACCGAGCGGGCGAGCGGCCCCUGCCGUCCGUUAGCCUGUCGGGGUCCAGGCGCGAUGAUCGUGCAGCGGAAGAGACGGCGCAGAUAAGUCUUCCGGCACCCAGCGCGGGGAGCGUACCACCAGUGUGCACCGCCUCGCUCGCUACCACCGCGCCGGCCCCGUCCGGGCGGCAGCAGGUCCAGCCGGCUGCCGCCGCCGGCCCAGCGCCAGCUCGGUCAGUCCAGCCGCCUGUCGCCGCCGGCGUGCUGGUUCCGAACGCGUCUUCGUCGUUGUCAGCUUCCAUCCCGCCAUCAGCUGCGCUGUCGGGUCUGCCGCGCGCCGCCCGAGCCUCCAGUGUGCCGUCGGCUCUGGCGCCGGCCGCUGUCGACGACGGGCAGCAGGACGUGGCGAGUUCGCACGUGCCGGUGCUUACGCCCGGCACCGAGGCGGCGGUACAGGCGCUGCUGGUGGAGCCCGAUCGCCUCCAACUGGGCGCGGGUGGCGAGGCCGACGACAGCGACGUGUUCGUCGACAGCAAGGUGCAUGUGCUGGAGAACGCGGUGGACGCACAGGCCGUCGCGAACGCGCCGGCUUGCAAGCGCAGGAGGAGCGAAGGGACGAACGUGGCCAGCGUGCGCGCGCGCCCGCGCCCGCUGGUCGUCCUCACGACCCAGCGGACGGGCCGGGAGCGAGGCCGGGGAAGAGGUCGGGGGCGUGGACGAGGCGGCGCCUCCGCCGCGCACCACACUCCCACUCUGCCCCAAGAGCACAGGGCCCUGGUCCAGCCGGGCUCGAACGACGAGGUGUGGCGCAGCGUGGCGCUGGACUGGGGCACAGACGACGACAAUGCUGUGUUCGUCGACAGCAAGGUGGACGUGCUGGAGAACGUGGUGACGACAGAGCCAGCCGCGGUCACCGCCGAGCCCGCCUGGAAGGCUGCGCUCCGGCAGAAGAUCCAGAAAUCGAUGGCCCUGCUGCACGCGCGAGAGGGAGGCGUCAGCGUCGAUACGCCGCUGCGUGACCUGCUGAACAGUAUGCUGCUGGCCGGCUCGGAGCGCGACGGUGGAGCUGGUCGCGGAGGAGGCGCCUGA